CUUCUUACUUACACACAAAUUUAACCAAAAUUAUUUGCUGUGCAACAACGUACGGAUUUAUGAAUCAGUUCUAACCCAAGCGAUAUUACUUCAAUUAGCUAAGUAUUUACGUAUGAUGUAUGCAUUCCAAAUAUUUACUUGACAUAACAGAAAUUUUUCAAAAUGGUGCGUGUUUUAUUUCUUCAUCCUGAUUUGGGCAUAGGUGGUGCUGAACGCCUUGUAGUGGAUGCUGCUUUAGCACUCAAGCAGCGUGGACAUGAAGUCAGUUUUCUAACCAAUCAUCAUGAUCCACAACAUUGCUUUCAAGAGACCGCUGAUGGUAGUUUCCCUGUGAAAGUAGUGGGGGAUUGGCUGCCUCGACGGAUUUUUGGACGCUUCUAUGCAUUUUGUGCGUAUUUUCGAAUGUUGUAUGCUGCAUUCUAUGCUUCAUUUUGUCUUUCGCGCCGGGAAAAAAUUGAUGUAGUCUUUUGCGAUCUUAUAUCUAUUGGUAUACCCAUUUUACGUUUGGCAAAGCAUAGACCUAAGAUUUUGUUUUACUGUCAUUUUCCUGAUCAACUGCUUUCAAGACGUGAAGGUUAUUUGAAGAGUGUUUAUCGCGCACCGCUUAAUUAUCUUGAGGAGUACACAAUUGGCAUGGCUGAUACUACUUUGGUGAAUUCAAAAUUCACAUUGCGUGUAUUUCAGGAUACAUUUCAACGGUUGGAAAUAGUGCCUGAGGUAUUGUAUCCCUCACUAAACACAAAAUACUUUGACAAAAUGCAAAAUAAAUUGGAGACGCAAAGUUUAACAAUUUCGUUGCCUAGCAAUAUUCCAAAAAAUGCAUUUAUGUUCUUGGACAUUAAUCGUUACGAACGUAAAAAAAACCAUGCACUCGCAAUAAAUGCUUUUAAGCUUCUAGCAGAUGCGUUGCCAGCGUCAGACUUCAAACGUUGCUUCUUAGUAGUGGCUGGAGGCUACGACAACAGAGUUGUUGAGAAUGUUGAAUAUUAUGACGAGUUGAGUCAUCUAAUUCAAAAGUUAGAUUUGCAAAAUAAUUCCAUGCUCCUACGUUCACCCAGCGAUGAUGAAAAGUUCUUAUUACUAGAGGCAGCGAAGUGUCUUAUUUACACACCUGAGAACGAGCAUUUCGGCAUUGUGCCCCUGGAGGGUAUGUAUAUGUCUAAACCUGUAAUUGCUGCGAACAGUGGUGGACCAACAGAAACUGUUGUGAAUAAAACAACCGGAUUUCUUUGUGAACAAAAUGCAACCGCAUUCUUCAAAGCAAUGUUAAAUAUGUUUACGGAUGAGAGCUUACGACAGCGUAUGGGUUCUUUAGGACAUACACGCGUACAACAAAAAUUCUCAUUUGAGGCGUUCACUGAUAAACUGGAUAAUAUCAUCAAAGAGACCUUGGCAAGGUCUCACAGCCCCACAAGAAGAAAGUUUAAUUAAUGCUUAGAGGAAAUUACUUAAGAUGCUUGCUAGUGAAGAUCAAUUCUACGCUUAAAAUCAUUGACAUGACAUGCAUUUCUCAGCUCCGUUGACUUUACUGAUAUAUGCUUUAUUAUU